AUGUACUAUGAUUCUGACGACUAUGUGUUCACGUAUAAUUCUGAUUACAUAGAAUAUCACACAGACAGCAGCGAAUUUGAUGAAACUGACUAUUAUAUGAUAUUAGGUGAUAACAGUUUGAGAAACAGAAAAAUGGAUUGUAUUGAGACUGAAAUGUACUAUUCAAGAAGUGAAGAAAACAAGUAUCUAUUAGAUAACCUUAGAAAAAUCGAUUAUCUAUGGCAAAAUGAAACUGAUAAAACCAGUCAGUCUACAUGUAAAGAUUGUGCUGUACAGGCAGAUCAAAAGUAUUCCUUCCCCAGUAAAAAGAGCGGAAAAUUUUGUGAUAAAAUAGAUGGAAAUAUUACCAAUAUUCAGGUCACACAAUCUAAAUUAGCAAUGAUGAGAGACAAAAUUAUACCAUGCUUGUCAAGCAUAUUCUGUCGUUCAAAUACUAAACGACUAGAAAAAAAAUCCCAUAAGAGUACAACAAAAGAUGAUUUUUGUCAAGUGUACUUUCUAAAUAAUAAGAAAAAACGUAAGAUGAAAGAACCAGGUCAGGAUUUCUCUGUCCAAUCCAAUUCUACUGACGACGAUGUAGAAAAAACCCCAGUACUGCUCAAACCACAUAAUUUACCUCUUCUUGAAAAUAAAUUGGACGAAUACUCAUUUGAUAGUUGUGAUUCACCAAUGAGUCUCGAGAUAGCAAAAACUAAAAUGAAGCAAGCCGUAGAAAAGGAAUUAAAGAAUUAUUAUUUAAAGAAACAGUACGUAAGACGUAAUAAAGAACAACAGGCACCCCCAAGAAAUAACUUUAAUCUUUACUCAACCACACAAACAACACAAGCCAAAUCUUUAAAAAAUCGGUUCGAUCAAUUUGGUUAUGAUGUAAUGCCAUCAAAUUCAUCUGUAUUUUGGGAAUAUCUUGUUGACAAGAUCAAUAAUAAAAAGCACAAGAACAACAACAACAGUCCAGGUGGUAUUUUAAAACCAUGUCAUUGUAUAAAUUCUCAGCAAUGUCCAAGUGUAGCUAAUCAAAAUACUCGUGCUCAGCCAGUAAAAGACUCCGGUACACAAAAUCAGAGCAGCGCAACUUGUCCAUGUAAAUCAUCACCUACUUCAAAUACACCAACAAAUACCAGUGACCCAAAAUUUAAACAAACGAAAAAGGAUAAUGCCAUUAAUACAAGUAAAAUUGAAUGCAAAUGCCAUUCGAAAGGAUCAGGAACAACACCUGCAUCUGCUUCCGGAAGUCCUCAGUCACCUGCUACCAGUGGAGAUGUUAACAGACCAUGUCAAGAGCCACAUGAUAAAAUUAAAGCAACUCUUCAAGAAAAGUAUAAAGGAGAAAUUUUAUGUAUACACAAUCCUCCAUGUAUUCUUAUUAAUGGUUGUCUAAAUUUACCACCAGUCAAAGCACAGAAUUCUCCGAUGGUCUGGCCGGUCACUCAGGAGACAAGUUAUGACCUUGAAUCUUAUAUCACCAAAAAUCCAAUUACUGACCAGGCAUGUCAAUAUCAAUCUUCUAAGAUGGAAUAUCAUCAAUAUGAUCUUCAAAUGAUUCCGAAGGAAAUGAAAGAGAAGAUAACACAAAGUAUUUGUAAUCAUGAUCCACCAUGCGAAUUCGUUCCUUCUUGCUAUAAGCCGAAUUUCGAUCUUAAAUUAAAUGAUUCUUGUAUUCAUGUACCAAAUUGUCCUAAAAUGCCAGAGUGUUUAUUGGAAGACAGUAUUUUUAAAGAAUGCGAUCAUCAGCCUAAGUGCCCUGAGCUAUAUGCUUGCCAACAAACUACUGACAAGAAAUAUUUAGAGACUUGCACUGAAAAUGUUGGGGCUCAAGUGAAGCCAUCAAGUAAGAUAGAAUGUCGACAUGAGAGGCCAUGUAUAAUGAUACCAAAGUGUUUGGGCAAGUUGAUGUGUGAAGGUUACGUGCCUUAUGAUGCCAUUCCUGACUGCGUUCACCAGCCCACUUGCGAAAUGAUUCCAGCUUGUUGCAGGAAGUCAGCUAAAAUGGUUUCUGUUUAUUGCCAAUAUCCAGCUCCCUGCCGCAUAGUCUGAGAGAUAAGAUCAAUACAUUUAACAUUUUUACAUUAAAUUGUGUGGUAUUUUUUCAAUGUUUCAUAAAUUACAUGUUUAUAGUCAAUAUUUAAAUUAUGUUUAUACUCGUAAUUACUUUGUUCCUUUUUAAGAUCUAGUAACAUUGUAUAUUUUGCUUGUGAUAAAAUUGUAAUAUAUUUUGUUAGUGACAUCAUAGUCUUAUCUGUCAGACUUUGGCUGUAUAU